UCCUCCUGUCUCUCACUGUGAGAAAUGUCUCCAAAUCAUCUAAAAUCAAAUGAGAAUGACAGUAUGAGAUCCUCCCCGGAGCCAUCCCGGUUUAAAGCACACGUUUGCCUCUACAAACGCCUACAUUUCCCAGAGUGCUUCGGGGCGUCUCCGCUCCCCCACGCGCCACCGGCCUCUCGAGUACCGCCGGAUACACCUCAGUUAAAGCCACAGAGUGAAGCCCUCACUCAGGUGAAGCAGAGACACUCUCCAGACACAAGAGCGACUGAGGAGGAGGCAACGCUACAAGAUGAUGAUCCACACAACGCCCCGAAGUGUUUGAGGCGAGACACGGGCAUGAUCUGGUGCGUUUGGAGAGGAGACAACAGGUGGAUACACGGGACAGAUGCUCUUGUUUUCAGACAUGUAAAGUCUUUGGGAGUGAAUAAAGGAAGGUCAAGGGCGCUGUAUCAUGACUGACUGUAGAUGAAGAUGACAGGCCAGGCAGCGGAGAGGGACCGGUCACCUCAUAACCUGUCCGUCAAAACCACUUUAGACGAUGAGAUCGAACGAGCAGAGAGCAUCCUCAGCAGGGUGCCGUCAGUCUGUGAUGACACAUGCUCUGAGCUGCAGAGAGUGGCAGCACUGGACCCACAUGGAGGCCAGUCGAGAAAUUCUUUUCAAAGGAGAGGCGCUGUCUCAAGACUGGUGAACCUUGUGGUGAGACUCCGUGAGUGGGCACACAGAAGUCUUUUAGAGGAAGAGGAGCGGCCUGACUCCUUCCUGGAGCGUUUCCGAGGUCCUGAACUCAGAACUGCCCCGAGCCGCAGUAGCAACAACCCACAAGAGGGCGCUGACAAAGGCAUCAUAAAGCGAAAGUGGGACUUGUUUGUGGUGUCUCCAUCUGACAAUGCAUACUAUCGCUGGCUGUUUGUUAUUGCCAUCGCCGUCUUAUACAACUGGUUUCUUGUAGUUGCAAGGGCUUGCUUCGAUCAGUUACAAGUGGAUAAUUAUGUCUGCUGGCUGGUACUGGACUACCUCUCUGACACGGUGUACUUGAUGGACACUUGUGUUCGCCUCCGCACAGGUUUUCUGGAACAAGGUCUACUGGUGAAGGACCAUGGAAAGCUUCGGGACAGUUAUGUUCGCACGCUGCAGUUUAAGUUGGAUGUAUUGUCCAUGCUGCCCACAGACCUGGCCUACAUUGCCACAGGGAUCCACACCCCCCAGCUCCGCUUCAACCGUCUGCUUCGCUUCCCCCGAAUGUUUGAGUUCUUCGAUCGUACAGAAACCCGCACCAACUAUCACAUCUUUCGCAUCUGUAACCUGGUGCUCUACAUCUUGGUCAUCAUCCACUGGAAUGCUUGCAUUUACUGCAUCUCCAAGUCUUUGGGAUUUGGAUCAGAUUCCUGGGUUUUCCCCAACUCCUCCAAACCAGAGUUCUCCUCUCUCACAACACAGUAUGUCUACUGUCUGUACUGGUCCACCCUCACUCUCACCACUAUUGGCGAAAUGCCUGCUCCAGUACGAGAUGAAGAGUACUUAUUUGUUGUCUUUGAUUUUCUUGUUGGUGUUUUAAUCUUUGCUACUAUUGUUGGAAAUGUUGGCUCAAUGAUAGCUAACAUGAAUGCUACACGCGCUGAAUUUCAAGCUCGAAUUGAUGCAAUAAAACAUUACAUGCACUUUCGCAAAGUCAGCAGAGAUCUGGAAACACGUGUCAUUAAAUGGUUUGAUUACCUGUGGACUAAUAAAAAAGCUGUUGAUGAACAGGAAGUGCUUAAAAACCUUCCCAACAAACUACGAGCAGAAAUUGCUAUAAAUGUACAUCUUGAGACAUUGAAGAAAGUGCGAAUCUUUCAAGAUUGUGAAGCAGGACUUUUGGUUGAACUUGUCCUCAAACUGCAACCACAGGUCUUCAGUCCUGGCGACUACAUUUGCAGGAAAGGUGACAUAGGAAAGGAGAUGUACAUUAUAAAAGAAGGUAAACUGGCUGUAGUGGCUGAUGAUGGAGUCACGCAGUAUGCCCUCCUCACUGCGGGGAGCUGUUUUGGGGAAAUAAGCAUUCUCAACAUUAAAGGAAGUAAAAUGGGCAACCGCCGGACAGCUAAUAUCCGCAGCUUGGGCUACUCUGAUCUCUUCUGUCUCUCCAAAGAUGACCUGAUGGAGGCAGUGACCGAGUAUCCCGAUGCAACUGUAUUAGAGGAAAGAGGUAGAGAGAUUUUAAUGAAAGAAGGUCUUUUGGAUGAGAAUGCAGAAAGUGGUGGUUUGGAGAAGGAGGAUACUGAAGACAAAGUGGAGCGACUUGAGACUGGACUAGACACUCUGCAGACUCGAUUUGCACGAUUGCUCAAUGAAUACACACACACGCAGCAAAGGUUAAAGCAGAGAAUAACUCUGCUGGAGAGGCAGCUGAAUCAGACAGACUGUGGGGCUGAUGAUGAGGGGGACACUUGUACAGCUAAUAAGGGGGAGGGUGGGUCCACAGACAGCGAGACAGGAAAAGACUUGGACAUAAUAAAAGGAGUUGCUGAGGGCACUGCCACAACCCUGGAGCCGGUCAAACAGGUGCGCAACAGUCAAAUAAAUCUCUUUAACUACAGUGCACACUCAUACAACUUGGCCCAACCUUAA